UAGGGCGUUGCCAUUCUGGGCAGAUUCAGGAGCACUGGACCAGAGCUUCUCCCUCUAAACGGCAAAACACUGGCUUGUUUAAACAGCGAGACAAAUAAAUGUUGUGCAUUUGUGAGCAGCGAUGGUCUUCUAACAGAGAGUGCUGAUACUCCCUAGCCAUCAUCUCACCACUCUGACCCCAAACCCAUCAUCACCAUGGAGACCACCAACAGCUAUGUUCUGAUCCAUGGGAAGAACAUAUCCCACAAUACCCUCACAGGUUCUGCUAUGGGGCCCCACAUGUCCAUCGACAAGCUUUUCCCGGCUCUCCUUGAGUGCUUUGGCAUCAUAUUGUGUGGCUACAUAGCUGGCAGGGCAGAUAUCAUCACACAGAGCCAGGCAAAGGGUUUGGGGAACUUUGUGUCUAAGUUUGCGCUUCCAGCUCUGCUCUUUAAAAACAUGGUGCUGUUGGACUUUGGAGACGUCAUCUGGGCGUUUUUCUGGAGUGUCCUGGUCGCUAAGGUGACUGUGUUUGUGCUGGUGUGUGUGCUGACUCUGAUGGUGGCCAGUCCAGAAUGCAGGUACAGCAAGGCUGGCUUGUACGCCAUCUUCGCUACUCAGAGCAAUGACUUUGCCUUAGGAUACCCCAUAGUUGAUGCUUUGUAUCGGAGCACAUAUCCAGAGUACCUCCAGUACAUCUAUCUAGUUGCCCCGGUCUCCCUCAUGCUCCUCAAUCCCAUCGGCUUUGCUCUUUGCGAGGUGCAGAAGUGGAAGCAGGCCAGCCAUUCACACAGCACACUUGGCAUCCUGGGAGUUGUAGUCCUACAGGUGUUGAAGAACCCAAUAGUCUUCAUGGUGAUAGUAGGAAUCAUCUCCCACUUUGCCCUGGGCCAGCAGAUCCCUGCUGUGCUAUCACAGUUCAUAGAUGGCUUGGCUAACUCUUUUGGAGGGGCGGCAUUGUUUUACCUCGGCCUCACUAUGGUCGGCCAGCUUAGAAAACUAACCAGAGACACUGGAGUGGCCUUGAUUCUCCUCAUCACAGCCAAACUCCUGGUGAUGCCGCUGGUCUGUAAAGACAUGGUGGAUCUUCUUGAUGUAGGAGUGAACAGCACGAGUGCCAACCACACUAGUUUGUCUAACUUUGCUUUCCUUUAUGGAGUCUUUCCAACCGCACCUAGUGUGGCCAUCUAUGCUGCACACUACAACAUCGAACUAGAGGUGGUAACAUCGGGGAUGGUAAUCAGUACGUUUCUGUCUGCACCGAUCAUGUACGUGUCGGCCUGGUUAUUAACAAUCCCUCUAAUGGACCCGACCCCCCUGGUGAAAGAACUUGAAAACGUUAGCUUCAACAUCAGCAUUGUCAGCCUGGUAGCACUGGUAUGGACUAUAGUGGUGAUGUUGCUUAGCAGGAAAUUUAAGAAACUACCUCACCUUUUUGCCUUAAACCUUUUCCUGGCUCAGUUUUUAGUGUGUGUCAGUAUGAUCUUGUGGAACUUCUUGGUGAAACAAGAGGAUAAUCUGCUCAGCAAGAUUCUCACCUUCACUCUGCUCUAUGGGUCUCUGUACAGCACCUACAUUUGGACAGGAUUAAUCCCUCUCUGUCUGGCCCUGACUAACAGAAAUAAUCUGCUGAGACUCCGACCAGGAAUAUUCAUGAUUUUGGGUUGGGGGGUUCCCUUCCUGAUGGUUGGAGGUCUUCUGAUAUCAGGAGAGAGGACUGAUACUAUAGACUCUGCCUUCUUCUAUGGUAGAGCUCAGAUAAUCAGCACUGCAGUGGUGCUUGCAGUCUGCCUGGUGCUUGGUGCAAUAUCUCUGAUGGGCCUCAGCCAGGGGGACAGGGAGCAGAGCGGCUAUCAGGCCCUGAACAGAGCUGCAGUAACAGGCAUCAAUGAUGAGCUGAGGGCCCCUUGUGGCCUGGAGGAUUCACAACAACAGUCACAGCCGCAGAUGGCAAAUUCCCCUGCCUGCAGCAUCAACUCAGACCUCCACAGUUUCUCUCCUCUCCAGCCCAUACCUGACAUGAUAGCCUCUACGCAAAGGGAGCACACAAACAGCACAAGCCACAGUGGGACGCUGUGUGAUGGGCAGCAGGAGUCUUCCUCCACUGAGCAGCCGCUGAACCUGCCGCCACCUGGGCUUCAAACCACUGAUGAUACACAGACAGUCCGACAUGUUCUUCUCUGUCUACUGCUCUUUAUCAGCCUGCUAGCGAACCUGUCCAGCUGUCUGUGGUGGCUGUUCAACAAAGAUCCAGGAAGACUUUACCUCGAACUACAGUUCUUCUGUGCCGUGGCAAACUAUGGACAGGGUUUCCUGUCCUUUGGGAUCUUUGGUCUGGACAGACACCUCAUCAUCCUGCCCUUCAAGAAGAGGUUGCUGGGGCUGUGGCAGGGCAGGGACAGUGAGGAUUUGAGUCCCUCCGCUGUACCAGAGGAGGUCCGACUCACCUGUACCCAGUUUGUCCGCUACCACAAAGACCAGUGUGUACAAGACAUAGUGCACACGCGCAGGUUUGGAGGAGAAGGAGGACUACAGGAGGAGAAUGGCACCUUGAGACAUUCCCCCUCCCAUCAGCCCCAGUACCUACACCUGCAUCAGGAUCUUCAGGAGCAACUAAACUACGAGCCGCAGAAUCUGCACCAGAUUGAUUCAACUGAAUCCUGCGGCCAGUGUUUGCUUCCAUCCCGACCUCGGCUUGAGCCAGAGAAUAAAAACCCAGCACAUAUUUCCAACUCUGAUAUUCCAGAGGAGGAGCUUCCCCAGCUCCGGUCUAACCAAGCUCAUGACCCAGAUAAUCCCCAUCACCUACACCAGCAUGGUCUUGCUUUAAGUCCACCUCAUCUCCAUCCACAUCCCCAGUCCCGUUAUGAUAAUGUGUUUCGGGGCAGUGACUUGGUGGACUGGCUGGUUAAGCGAGGCCUGUGUGCAGGGCGAGCCGAGGCGCGACUGUACGCCGUCCAACUUCAGCAGGGAGGAAUGUUGGCUCACCUGACGGGCCAGCAAAGUUUCAGGGAUGAACCCUCCCUGCUCUACCACUUCACACAGGAGAGAGAGGGGGAAGGGAGGGAUGGUCCCAGAUCAUGUGAGAGGAAGUGAGUAGAUAGGAGGCGGAGGAAGUGGUAUAUUUGAAGAUGUGUUUGCUUUGAUUGACAGGUGUCUCAGGCUAUUUACGGUGGUUGCCGCCUGCUUGUCCACAUUGACUUCACCCUGUCGCCAAAAUUCGAAAGAAUCUGGUUCCAAAGGCUUCAUGUGGCGUUAGUUGAAGAAAAAGAAAAAUAAAUGAAGGUAAUAAUGACUGGUAACAUGAGAGCCAUUAAACACAUGAAAGAACAUGGUGAUGCUUGAUGCUUUGGCAACAUUUUGAUUAAAAGUUUAAAGCCCUAGUGCGUAACUUUUUGAUAUUAUUAAACGUCCGUUAUAUUCAAGCCAUUGCCAAAUGAGUUGCUACAAAGCUAAUCAGCUCCAAAAAACACUCUAUAUCUCAGGAUGGCUAUGCUCAGAAGAUUUUGGCGUACGGUGAUUUUCUACCACAUAAGCUUCAGUAAAGAUAAUUACUAGUGCUGUCAGUCAAACGUGUUAUUAACGGCAUUAACACAAACCCAUUUUAACGGCGUCAAUUUAAACGUCAACUGGUAACGUUAGAAAAACACCACACCGGAUCUAGCUAGACCGGAAACACAACAACAGGCACGCCGCACACACUUGUUUGGGCUUGCGAGCCUGCCAAAGAGUAGUAAUGUUACGUUUUGAGUGGAUGAUGAGCACGAGACGCUGAAAUGGAUGCCAUGAAGAUUUUACUUUUUUAAAAGUUGCCAAAUGUUCCAUUGACAAGACCAAAGUGAUCUGUGUGUUUUGUCGUUGUGAACUGAGCGAUCAUCGCACUUACACUGUGUGAGAGAUUGUUGGCUCCAAGUGAGAAUGUUACGUGUGAAAUUUAACACUACAGUAGGCUAAAUGCCAAUGUUGUUUUCAAUAAAAAAACAUUUGCACAAAGCGAGUCGAUCCACUUUUCCACAUUGAGAAGAGCAUUAAAAUGAGAAAAAAUAAUGGGACAAAAAGAAAUCAAGGGACAAAAAAAUGUGCGAUUAAUCGCGAUUAAAUGUUUGAAUCGUUUGACAGCACUAAUAUUUACCUCUUGUGAAGAGUCCAUCAUGUAUUUUUAAUCCUCUGUGUCGUCUUUGCAUAUUGACAACUGCAUGGAACAGGGGUGGAGGCAUGUGCAUGAUCACGGAAGGCUUGUAUCAUGUGGGCGCGCCGACAGUGUUGCCAUUACUUAGAGUUCUUCAUGGGGGCAGCAGAAACUACGCACUACAGCUUUAUGCCUUAAAAUGUCAAUUUGAACAAACUGACACUGGGAAAGUAAUGAUUGGGGUUGUGGACAGUUAAGAAAGAAUAAGAUGAGGAAACGAGUGCUCCCUGCUGUGUACCUCUCCUGGCUCCGGACCAUGUCUUCUCGCCUUAUUUUCAUUUUCAUUUAUUUUUUUAUAAACGUUUUGGUUCAAAUGCUGUCCACUGCUCUCAACUGAGGUGACUUUGCUUGGCUUUUGGGAUUUUGGUCAUCUUGAGAUUUAAAAAGUGAUUUCUUUUUUUUGUUUUUUUUCUUUUACUGGAUUCUUGUAUGCCAGUGAAAUUUACAUUUCCGAUGUCUAAAGGGCAAAUAAACAUGCUUUUAAGGACCGGUUGCCAUCCAUCAGCCUGUUAUCAUAUUAUUCAUGUGGCAUUUGCUUGCAAGUGGUGAGCAGACCAGUGAAACUGAUCGUACUGUUGUGUUUGCCAAUGAGCUGCAAGGCUGUUCACUGAAAGCCAAUGGCGUUCUUGCCCGCUCGUUCUGUUUUAUGUUGUCACGUUUUCGUCCAGAUGACAUAAAAUCAAUUAGAAUCUGCCUGUUAUUUGAGUAUUUGAUAUUUUUGCACGUUGUGUCUUUGAACCACUCUGGUCUACGUUGACGAUUUGCAUGACUCAGAGCAGUACAGACGUCUACUCAGCACUGAACCUUUUGCACUGACUGAAUAAUAACAUUCUUCACAUUUUUUUCAUUUAAUAUGGAACUCACUGGAUAUUUGUCUUGUGAUGAUGCUGCGGAAGAUGUUUGUUAUCUUCUAUUGUGUAAUCUUGUUGCCGCUGUCAGUUUGAAACUUGAAAAUGUGUGUGCGACUGAUUGGAGUCACGCCACUAAAUGGCAUCAUUCAGCCAGGGAGGUACAUUUGUGCAGAUGCUAAAUCUUCAGUCUGUUUGAACAAUUCAGACAUGAUUGUCUUUUUUUUAAGGAGACUGAUCCCAAAUAAACCUGUUAAGUUUCUUAAAACACGUUGAGAGAGAAACAUUAGAAAUUCACCAGAGCCCUUUAUCUAAAACUUGUCCAUUUGAAUUUUUUUAUUUUAUCUUGUACACUUUGAAAAGACUGAUACAAACUGAUAUGUUCAAAAUCCUAAAAUGUCUUGUACGCAAAACUGACUCAAAUUUUAUGAGUAAAGGCUGCAAGGCAUAACCACUACUAAACUGUUUACAGAUUGUUUGGCAGCACCACCAACACUCUGACUACUGUUUUCCUGUUAUGUUGCUGCUGAUUUGUGAUCUAACGUGAAGUAAACAGCGUGUUGGCAGGGUUGUAGAAGAUAGAGGGAUAUAGUGUGAUAUAUGCACAUAUAAGCAGGAAAAAAGACCGCACUAAUGUCAAACUGAUGCUGUGAUCUGAUAUUUUUGUUGCCUUGUCUAGUGAGAGAAAAACAAGAUCUCUGAACUUUUCAGCUUAAGCAUAAUCUCCAA